UCCAUUAAUUUAUGAUUCACGUAUACUAUUUUUCCCACUAUAUACAUGUUUAAAAUCAGCUAAAACAGCUAAAUCAUGAUGAGAAAGGUUCGUAAACGCGACCCUUGAACUUCCGAGAACGAAGUACAAGACCGGGAGAGCGAAACUUUAGCUUGAAAGGUUGUUGCAGUUUCCGCAAUUUCUUUUCGUUUUAAGGGCUCACUACUUGUCUUAAGAUUUAGAUUAUUUGUAUUAGAAGCUUCUUGGUAAAACCAACGAUGGAUGUUCAAAAGUAUUUGGCACGCAUCGGCUGUUCGGGUCCAUGCCCUCCGACGUUGGACACGUUGCGGUACGUUCACCUCAAUCACGUACUUACAGUUCCCUUUGAAAACCUCACUAUUCAUACCGGUGGCCGAGUCAGGCUUGAACUGCCACUUCUUUACGAAAAAAUCGUAUCCAUGCGCCGUGGAGGAUUCUGCUUUGAGAACAAUGGACUCUUUUCUUGGCUGCUAUCUCAGUUGGGCUUUGACGUGACCAUUUUGUCCGCACAGGUGAGGAAUCGCUUCACAGGUGUUUAUGGACCUCCCUUUGACCAUUUCCUCAUGAUGGUAAAGCUGGAUGGGCACAGAUGGCUCUGUGAUGUGGGGUUCGGUUCAGGUUUCCAGCUCCCCCUGUCUCUCGAGACAGAUAGUGCCCAGGUGCAGAGCCAUGGAGUGUAUCGUCUUAGAUCUCAGGGAAAUUUUAUUUUCAUGGAAAUGAACUCUGACACUGAGCCAACAACAGUGAGUGCAGAAAACUGUUGGACGGAAUUGUACAAAUUCACGCUGGAGCCCCGUGAAAGAGAUGAUUUCAAAGCCAUGUGUGACUACCAUCAGACGUCUGCUAGUUCACUUUUCUUCUGCAAGUCUCUCUGUUCACUCCUCCUGCCCACUGGAAGAAUCACAAUCAUUGGCCGCAAAUUGAUCGUCACCAGCCUGCCCACAAAGGACGAACAACACACUACGAGAACCACAGAAAAUCUUUCAGAUGAAGAAAUCACCGAGAUAUUAAGAGAGAAGUUUGGAAUUGUUCUUCAGUCUCCGCUGACUCCAAAAGAUGUUGAGAUCGUGCCACCACCACCUAUUUACUAACUGCUAUAUAUGUCUCUGAUUCAUCACAAGUUGUGAUUUCAAUGGAUGAAUAACAAAAGGAGACAUUUAAAUCUGAAAUACCUGACUUAUAAAAUUAUUUGGACUCUAGUCCUGAUAAAUUUCAUUAUAAUCAUAUUGGUAGUUUUAUGCAGAUUAAACUAUUAAAUUUGUUGUUGAUUUUAUACCGCAAAAUUAAUAAAUAUAUUUUAAAACCCAGUGUGUUAUUUUAAUAAUAUUAAGUACAUAUUAUUUGUAAUAUGGUUCAUAUCGUAUAAGAAACGCGUUUCGAAUUAGAAGACGUUUGUCCUCUUAGUGUUGCCGUAACAGUGCAGCUCUCUAGAAACAUGUCAAAUCUUGGAAAAAUAGGAAAGUUGGUGCUGCCUGUGGCAGUGCCUGUAACCCUUGGUCUGGUGUCAGCUACAGUUUAUGCUGAAAACGAGGCCAAACAAAAUACCACCACCCUGAUGACUGAUGAGCUGUCACUCUAUACCACACCUGAGUCUAAGAUGAGGUAUGAGGAGCCUGAGGUUGGCCAUAUUGAGGAGGGUGUGGCAUCCCUGAGGAAAACUACAAAGCCCUAUGUGUCGUGGUGUCGGG